AUGGCACUUUUCUCAAACCAUCAUGAGCUAAAGGAAAGCCUCAUACUGAACCUCAUACUGAACCUCACGCUGAACCUCAUACUGAACCUCACGCUGAACCUCAUACUGAACCUCACACUGAACCUCACACUGAACCUCACACUGAACCUCACACUGAACCUCAUACUGAACCUCAUACUGAACCUCAUACUGAACCUCACACUGAACCUCAUACUGAACCUCACACUGAACCUCACACUGAACCUCACACUGAACCUCAUACUGAACCCCACACUGAACCUCAUACUGAACCUCAUACUGAACCUCACGCUGAACCUCACGCUGAACCUCACGCUGAACCUCACGCUGAACCUCACGCUGAACCCCACACUGAACCUCACACUGAACCCCACACUGAACCCCACACUGAACCUCAUACUGAACCUCAUACUGAACCUCAUACUGAACCUCAUACUGAACCUCAUACUGAACCUCAUACUGAACCUCACACUGAACCUCAUACUGAACCUCACACUGAACCUCACACUGAACCUCAUACUGAACCUCACACUGAACCUCAUACUGAACCUCACACUGAACCUCAUACUGAACCUCACACUGAACCUCAUACUGAACCUCAUACUGAACCUCAUACUGAACCUCAUACUGAACCUCACACUGAACCUCAUACUGAACCUCACACUGAACCUCAUACUGAACCUCACACUGAACCUCAUACUGAACCUCACACUGAACCUCACGCUGAACCUCACGCUGAACCUCACGCUGAACCUCACGCUGAACCUCAUACUGAACCUCACACUGAACCCCACACUGAACCCCACACUGAACCUCAUACUGAACCUCAUACUGAACCUCAUACUGAACCUCAUACUGAACCUCACACUGAACCUCAUACUGAACCUCACGCUGAACCUCACGCUGAACCUCAUACUGAACCUCACACUGAACCCCACACUGAACCCCACACUGAACCUCAUACUGAACCUCAUACUGAACCUCAUACUGAACCUCAUACUGAACCUCAUACUGAACCUCAUACUGAACCUCACACUGAACCUCAUACUGAACCUCAUACUGAACCUCAUACUGAACCUCAUACUGAACCUCACACUGAACCUCAUACUGAACCUCACACUGAACCUCAUACUGAACCUCAUACUGAACCUCACACUGAACCUCAUACUGAACCUCACACUGAACCUCAUACUGAACCUCACACUGAACCUCAUACUGAACCUCACACUGAACCUCAUACUGAACCUCAUACUGAACCUCACACUGAACCUCAUACUGAACCUCACACUGAACCUCAUACUGAACCUCAUACUGAACCUCACACUGAACCUCAUACUGAACCUCAUACUGAACCUCACACUGAACAUCAUACUGAACAUCAUACUGAACCUCACACUGAACCUCAUACUGAACCUCAUACUGAACCUCACACUGAACCUCAUACUGAACCUCAUACUGAACCUCAUACCAUUGGCGAUGAUGUGA